AUUUCAACUUGUGCUUGAGUUUGUAAUUUGUGCUUGAAUUAUUAUAUAUGUCGUUUGUUUUUUUUAAUAUUAGAUAUGGAAGAAAGUUCAAAGAGGCCAAGGAAAUGCAAAGGUCCUGAUACUUGUAAUUGGACUUUAGCUAUGGAUGAGGUAUUGAUUGAUGCAUAUUUGCAUCAACAUACUCUGGGAAAUAAAAAUGGUAACAGUCUGACAUCAUUUGCAAUGGAUAGUAUUUUUCAAGAGCUGAAAACUCACUUUCCAGACAAGCCAAUUACUAAAGACAAGAUUAAAGAUCACAUGAAAAAUAUCAAAGCAAAGUUCAAUCCUUGUUAUGAUGUUUUCAAGAAUGGUCUGAGUGGGUUUGCAUGGAAUGCAGAGACAAAUAUGUGGAUUGCUGAAGAUGAAGUCUGGGAAAGUCUAAUUAAGACAAAACCCGUAGCUGCUGAGUGGAAAAAUAAGCCUAUUAUGUUUUAAGAUAAACUAGCAACUCUUUUUGGGAAAGAUCGAGCAACAGGAGAUGAUGAAGAUACAGGAUUUGAAAUGUGAGCAAAAAAAGCUGCUAGUGCUAAAAAAAAUUACGGUCCAACCAUUGAGGAUAUAGACCAUUUGGUUGAAACCAAUGAAGUUACUUUGGAGGGAUUUGAAGUUGAUGAAGAAUUUGAUCCCAAUGGUUCUCCUAAAAGACCUUCUAUUAGGAAGCCUCAAGAUGUACCAUCAUCUAGGAAUAAGAAACGUGCAAGAAAGGUGGAUGAAGAUGAGACAAGCAUGAGCGAAAUUGCUAAGACUUUUAAGAAAAUGGCUGAGAUGUUUGAACUGAACACUGUAGAGUUGGUCAAACAGAAUAAGAGUUCUAGUGCUGAAGAUGUUUGGGCUAACUUGGUCGAGAUUGGUGUUGAAGAAGCUUCCUUGCCUUGUGUCUACAUGCACCUUGUUCAACAUCCAGAAGCAUUGAAAGCUUUUAAUGGAAUUCCAGUUGAUAAGCGUAAGGAAAUGUUACCUUACAUUGUGCCGAACUAUCCUUGAAGAAUAGUAUUAUGAUCUGCAGUGAACCCAUGCUUUACUUAUUUUGUUAUUAACAGCUAAUGUUGGUUGAAAAGAAACUCUUUUGUUUGUUAGCUUUUUGAGAGGUUUAAAAAGCCAUUUUUGUAGAAGCAAGAAAAGCUUGUUUUGGUGGGAAAAAAAAAAA